ACUGCUUCUGACAUCUGUUGUUCUGCAGAGGGACUGUGGAUGUGGAAGUGCACAGGGGAUCAUCGAGACGCCUGUGGACCUCUGACUAAAGUGCUGAAGAUCGGACUGGCUGACCAACAAUUAAGUGGAUAAAGGUUUAUUAGUGAGAGCUACAGGGUUGGAGUCAGGAGGUUCUGCGCUUAUUGACGGAGACGGUUUCCGGAUCAGCCAUGGCAUCAACUGGUCUCCAGGUGCUGGGUUUGGUGCUGGCCCUGCUCGGUUGGGCAUGUGGGGCUUUGGUGUGUGCAGCUCCGCAGUGGCGCAUAUCGGCCUUCGUGGGGGGAGAGCUGGUGAUUGCCCAGGUGCAGUGGGAGGGUCUGUGGAUGAACUGCCUGUAUCAGACCACCGGCCAAAUCCAGUGCAAGUCCUAUGACUCCACCUUGGCCCUCCCGACAUCUGCCCAGGCAGCUCGAGCGCUGACGGUUCUUUCUCUGCUUCUCAGCGUUCUGGCGGUCAUGCUCGGUUUUGCUGGGGCCAAGAGUACCCACUGCAUGGGCGACGGCAACCAGGCCUCCAAAGCUCGGCUGGCCAGGAUAGCAGGGGUGCUCCUCAUCGUGGCUGGUCUAGCCUACUUGACGCCCAUCUGUUGGACCGCCUAUGCCACGAUUAGAGACUUUUAUGAUCCAAAUGUUGCAGCAACUUUAAAGAGAGAACUGGGGCCUGCGUUGUACCUGGGCUGGGUGGCCAGCGUGCUCCUCCUGCUGGGGGGAGCUCUGCUUCACGUCGGCUCCUCUGCGCCGGGAGGAAGAACGCUGCCCGUAUCUGGGGCCGCAGCAAAGCCCAGCCCAUCCAUACGGGCAGCAGGAGAAGUGAAGCAGCAGGAAAAGUCAUUUGUAUGAGAUCACUUUGUUGGACACCUAAACCCCUUACGAUUACGUGAUUUAAAAUUGACAUCUAUAAAAGUAUUAUUUGCUCAGUUGCAUUUCUUCCAAAAAACGACUGAUUUCAUGUCCUGUUCUACCUGCAGUCAAAGAAGGGGCUUCUUAGCAGUACUAAAGCUUUAGAGUUAUGUCUUACUAACACUGUUGCCUAGGAUGGAGAUAUGUGCAAAUUAGAUUGUAAUCUACAAUUCAGCUCAGAAUUAUUCAAACUCCUGGCAGACUUAAGAUUUGAAGUAAUAUUAAUGUUUUGUUGCAACCCGACCAGAGACCCAUCCUAAAAAUUAGGGUGAUGGCUAUGAAGCCUUCCAACAUCAAAAACUUGGAAACAUGCACUAUUUUUUUGAACACGCCAUUUUUUAUUUAAACGUAAACAAAAACGUUUGUUUUCUAAUUGAUUUUUUUUUUUUCACAUUUUUAUAUUUUCAGAGAAGCCUCAUUUCCUAUAUAAAAAAAUAUAAAAAAUACUUACUUGAAUGGAAAUUAUUUUAAAUUAAAAUUUGGAUAAAGUACAAACAUUUUUUGGAAUGUCUGCAUAUUUCAUGUUAGAAAUAUUAAUGCACAUAAACAAGGUUUUCUGACUUUAAGGGCUUUGUGUUGGAGUAGGAGUUGAAAUGAACCGGGGGAGGAUUUUAAAAGCUUUAAUGGUCACUAAUGCGUGUGGCUCACAUUUCUCAGAUUCCCCUCUGCCUCUGCCUGCGUGUGUGUGUGUGUUUGUGUGUGUGCAUGUGUGUUUGCGUGUGGGUGGUAUGUGUACUAAAGGCCAGUGUGCAUUGUGCAUUACUUUGCACUGGUGCUUUUGUUGAAAGUAUGUGUGAGUAUUUACUCUGUUUACUUUUUUCUUUGUCACCUUAUCUUUGUAAUGUGCCUUUAUUCUUAAUAAAAAAUUUUCUUUGUUCAACA